AUGGAUGAAUCUAAUCGAAUUAUUUCUGCUGUGAAUUUACCCAGUUCUCAUUUUGUCGCAACUCCUUCGAAUCCAUUCUUCAAAGAAGCACUUACGGAUAAAGAUAAAGAAAAAGUGGUUUUUCAAUACAUGAAGUCACGAUAUCAUCCUGCAAUCAAUAUGAUGUUGCAAGUUAGUGAGGUUCAACGUAUGGGUGAUGCUAAUAAUGAAGAUGAUUUAAUUCGUCAACUUAUUGGAACUGCUGUUAGAACUCCUCGAGCAUUUGAUUUGAAUGCAGGGAUACCUCACCAUCUUUUUAAGACUCUUUCUCUUUGGGUUUCUUUUGGUUCUAUAUAUGCUUUAAUGUUAAAAAUCAUUUUUUGGAAUGUUAAAAGCCUUAGGGCUAUCAAAAGAAGGGGUAGAGUCAGAGUUUGGUUAUCAAUCAAUAAGCCUGAUAUCAUAGUGUUUCAGGAAUCUUUACUUCCUGUCUGCAAUGAUGCUAUUGUUAGACAAAUCUGGGGUCCUGGUCCUAUGGACUGGAGAGCUUUAGAUGCGAUUGGUAGAUCAGGGGGUGGACUAAUUAUUUGGAAUACUAAAAAGGUGGUGUUGGAGAAUUAUAUCAUUGGUAACUAUUCUGUGAACAUUAAUUGUUUUGACAAUUUGGUGUGGCUUCUUUCCGGUGCAUAUGGUCCUUGUGCUACUGAUGAAAGAAAACUUCUUUGGAGAGAGCUAAAUCUGAUGUAUAAUAUCUGGGAGCUCCCUUGGUGUCUUUGUGGAGACUUUAAUGAAGUCAGAUUUAUAAGGGAAAGAUUUCGAUUCUUAGUUAACGGUGCUUGGGAUAAUCAAUUUCAUUCUAUUACUGUCUCUGCUCUUGCCAAGCCCUUUUCUGAUCAUAAGCCUGUUUGUUUAGUGUGUGAUUUGGAAGAUUGGGGUCCUCCACCCUUCAGGAAAUGUGAGAAGGCUCUUUCGGAAAUUGCAGCUCUAGAUGAAAUUGGUGAUGAUAAUGCUCUUUCUUCUUCUCAAGUAUAUGAUAGAAACAAUAAGAAGUUGGAGUUUGAAAAUUUGGCUGAUAUGAAACACCUUCAUUGGUUGGGGAAGUCUAGAAUGAAUUGGCAGCUGGAUGGGGAUAGAAACACGAAGUUUUUUCAUCGAAUUACUAAGAUGAGAAGAAGAAGAAAUACCUUUGCUAAGCUCAAAAUCAAUGAUAAUUGGGUGGAUGAUAAACAAGUUAUUAAGGACAGUAUUGUUAAGCACUUCGAAGACAGAUUUCAGUGUGGGGAUGAUCAUAGAAUGGAUCUCAGUGGGAUGCUUGAAGUAUUUACGGGAACCAGAUAUCAUUAG